GAGGCAUGGACACUGCCGACACUCCCUUUCGAAAGCAUUGGUCAAAUGCUGUACAUGCUAAUGAAGUAGAGUCGCCACUGAAAACGGUCCCGACAGAUGAUCUGCCUGACAACCUGCCUCGCUUGAGGAUAACUUCUUCAGUCGACGAAGAGAAUCGGACGCCAAAGGCAACGGUUUGGAUGCAGACAGAUACGAAACAAGCUCCAACAACACAAAAUACGAAGCCAAUCGAAGGAAGUCAUGAAGAGAUCGAAGAGUCGUUCGAAGAAAGAAGGCUUGCUCGUAUGCGUUCAGAUAGCCAAAUAACAUCGAUGAUACAAGUAUGAUCAUCUUCAAAAACCUUAUUAUUGCUUGAAAAUUGAAACUGAAUCAAAUUUGAUUUGAUUUUUAUUCAUUGUUUUAUUUUCAUGUUUAUAACUUUGGCUGUUGUGCUGUGAAUGUGCAUCUGAGAGCCUGAACGUGGACGAUUUGCCAGGUUGAAAAAUCACAGUAUUUUCGUCAUGAAUUUCAUCAGCAUUAUCCAGAAUUAGAACAUUUCAA